GAUUUUGAAGCGUCGUAGGGCUCUUGCACAGUGGAACGAGCCAUGGAUUUAGCUGUGGCGCCAUCGACAAACUCGAAACCCAGCGAGCUUCCACAGUCACGAGAAAAGAAAACAACAGUGGCAGGAAAAUCCAUCUCCAGUUUCCUAGUAGCACUCAGGGAAUGCUCCAAUGCGAGGGACUUGAGAAGUGGAAAAAAUCUCCAUGUCGAGGCGAUCAACAAAGGCUGGAGCUCGACCACUUACGUAUCAAACAGCCUUGUCAACAUGUACGCAAAGUGUGGAAGCUUGGCCGAUGCUCGCGAGGUGUUCGACAAGAUGCAAACUCGCAGUGUGGUCUCUUGGAACUCCCUGGUGCUGGGAUACGUCGACAAUGGCGAGCCAAGAGUGGCGCUGGAGCUCUUUGAAAAGAUGCUAGCGGGGAGGAGAUGCGAGCCAAGCGCACUGACUUUCAUGGCGGCGCUCAAAGCUUGCGCGGCUAUGGCGGCCAGCGAGCACAGCCACAGGGUGGAAGGGAAGUCUCUCAAGCUUCGGUGCUUGGAGAUUGGCAUGGUGGUGUACUCUCGAGCCGCCAUGGCCGGUUUCGACACAGACAUCCUCGUCGCCACCACGCUCGUCAACAUGUUUGCAAAGUGUGGGAGCUUGGACGACGCUCGGAGGAUCUUCGACGCCAUGCCGAACCACAGCGUCGUCUCCUGGAACGCCAUGCUGCUUGGCUGCGUCGAGAAUGGUCGCGCGAAGCUGGCGCUUGAUUUGUUCUCCAGGAUGCUGCAAACCAAGACUCUCGCGAACUCGAGGACUUUCGUCGCCGCUUUCAAGGCUUGUGCUGCUCUAGCCGACGAAGAACAGGGCCGGGAACUCGAUGAUCGCAGUGGGAAGAUACUCAAGCUAAAGUCGCUGGAGACAGCCAUGGCGCUCCACCUGCUCGCCGCAAGCUCCCGCGCCUGCGACCUCUCCGCCAACUUGUUCGUGGUGAGCGGCUUGGUCGACAUGUACGCGAAGUCUGGCUGCAUGGAUCUCGCGCGCCGCCAGUUCGAUGCCUUCCAAGCUCGUCACGACGUGGUGUCAACCACGGCCUUGCUACUGGGAUACGCCGAGAACGGCGAGGAGGAGAGAGCGCUGGAUCUCUUCUCCAAACUCCCGGGAGACGUGGAGCCAGGCACGCCAACUUUCGUGGCGGCGAUCAAGGCGUGUACCGGCAUGGCGGCGAGGGAGGAGCCCCGGCAGCUCGGCAAGCUCGCGAUCAAAGCUCGGUCUCUCGAAACCGGCAUGGCGAUCCAUGCUCGACUGAUCGCCUCGCGGUUGCUCGAUCUGGACAAGUUCGCGGCGAGCAGCCUCGUGGACAUGUACGCGAAGUGUGGCAGCGCGCUCGACUCAGGGCGCGCUUUCGCCGCGAUCGAGCUUCCGGACACCGUCGCGUGGAACGCGCUCAUCCUCAGCUACGCGGACACCGGCGAGGAAUCCCUGGCGCUCGAAUCCCUCGCGCGGAUGGAGCUCGCCGCCGCGGAUCGCUGCUCGUGCCGCCCGGAUUCCAGGACCUACGCCGCCGCGCUCAAGGCCUGCGGCAAUCUGGCCUCGCUCGCGCAAUGCCGGAGGAUCCACUCGGCGCUUCUCCGGCGCGGCUUUCGCGAAGAACACGACGAGGUCCUCGCGAAUUGCCUGGUGGACGUGUACGGCAGGUGUGGCGGCAUGAGCGACGCGCGCCGGGUGUUUGACUCUAUGCCCGCCGCCGGUCUGGUGACGUGGAACACGCUCCUGGCUGGCUACGGCCGACAGGGGGACACCGACAUGGUGUUCCGGAGCUUGCGGAGCAUGUCGCGCGAGGGCGGGCACGCCGACACGGUGACGCUCACGUCGCUCCUGGCGGCGUGCAGCCACGCGGGGCUGGUGGGCAAGGCUCGCCAGAUCUUUGGAGCGAUCGCGACUGGCGGGGGAAACCAUGAUGGAGUGUUUAGCAGGAUCUCUCCGGAGAUCGGGCACUACCACGCGAUGAUCGACAUGCUGGGCAGGGCGAACGAGCUCGAGGAGGCGGCGGCGAUGGUGGCGGCGAUGCCAUUCCAGCCCAGCGCCGUGACGUGGAUGAUCCUGCUCAACGCGUGCGCGAAGUGGCGGAACGUCACGGUGGGGCGGCGGGCGUUUGAGUCGCUGGUACCGCUCGGUGGCGCCGCCGCCGCCGCCGCCGCGCACGUGCUAAUGUCCAACAUCUACGAGAGCGAGCCUCCUCUUGACACGUGGCAGCCCCAGCAGCUGCCAAGUGUUCUAGGGGUUAGUCGGACGUGGCCUUUAAAUAUCUGCCACGUCAUGGACACUUUGCCCUAAAAGCUCUGAUUCGUUUGCUGCCACCAUAUCGCCCCAGGGAGCACUAGCAAAAGGGACAACUCGUACCCAUUCGGAUUGUCACUUCACCGUCUCUUAAAUCUCUGCUCUCUUUUUCU